AGAAAAACAAAGCUUUGUACAUGCCGCCCCCUCUCUCUCCAUUGCUCGGAGCUUCGGCAAUUGUCCCAUCGUCUCUUUAGCCUCGGGAUUGUUCUCCCCGAAAGUAUUUGGGCGUCGGGCUUCCCCUGGAGGUAAUUGGGAACAAAUGGGACCCGUAUCUUGACCUCCUGCAGGAUGAUUACCCUGAAGGUGAGGCCUUUAGCAGAUUCCUAGAUUUGGUUCUGAUUCUCCAACGUUCUUCUCGCGUGCAUGUCCUUUAGCAGGUUCCUAGAUCAAAUUCCAGAAGCUCUGUCUCCGAGCUGCUCUGCUUCGAGCUUUCACAUUAGCAGGGGAGGCAGAGGAGGAAGAAGAAAAAGUAAGGGGAGGAAGGGGCAGAGGUAGAGAAAGAGGGAGUUUGUACAAACUCGAGGUUCAGACUUCAGAGCGUAUCCUUCCCUUCCCUUCCCUGCGGAUUUGGCUUAAAUCCGCCAUUUCUCGUCUCCCCACUCCUCUCCCAUAGAGAAAACUUCCAUCCCGUUCCCAUUCCCUUCUCAAAGAGGCAGAGAACCAAGCAAAGCAAGAGAGAGAUCAUCCUCAAUGGCGAUCAAGUCAUCAUCAUCAGUGGAACUCUUCUUCCCCGGGGAAGAAGACAAUGACUUCGGCUUUGAGCUCCUCUUCUCCCAGUGGGAGCUCAUCGACCCUUCUGACGCCUUCUCCGUCUCCAACUCCAACCUCUCCGACCCCGACAUCGAUCUCGGAUCAUCAUCCGCCAUCAACCAGGCCAUCCCCAUCCCCUACCGCGUCACUGCAGAUCGCGCUUUCUUCCGCGACAACAACGGCCAGUGGGUUGAUCGCGCUGGAAAUCCCGCCUGCGACCUCGACCAGAUUAUGCUGGCGGCAGGGGAGUUGGCGUCGGAGAAAGGAGGAGGAAGAAGACGAAGAGGGGGUGGAGCAAGUUAACGAUUUUGUCCCCAAAUGGACAAGAUAGGAAGAGGUGGAAUGAGGGCGAGCGAGUCAUUUCGUCUUAUCGGGUCCCACCAAGCCAACUCACUCAUACAUACAAACGGACAUAAGCCUCUGUUAGCCUACUCAGCUCCGUUUGCUCUAUCACCAAGUAUGACAGAACAGAUGGGACGAUUGAGGAGUUCAUGUAUUUUUUACAGACAAAAAGUUUGUGAUAAAAUGUAGAAAAGUGUAAAAUUUGUGAUUAUUUGAGUCAUUUUUUUUAUAUA